AUGGAACAUCCUGAAAAUCUUCAACCUCAACCUCAACCUCAACCUCAACCUCAACCUCAACCUCAACCUCAACCUCAACCUCAACCUCAACCUCAACCUCAACCUCAGCCUCAGCCUCAGCAACCACGAUCGUUCUGGGAUUUCCGGACCCAGCAGCUUGCUGCGGACUUGUGGUCGCCUACUGUAGAUAACGUCGAUAUGUUCGAAGAACAUUGGAAUACCUGGUUCGAUAUGAACCUCACCGUGCCGCCAGAAGGCUCAGCACAGCCUCGUUUUGAUGUCGCACCGGAAGGCGAAAAUCUAAUUGUGCCAGUGGGGCCGGAUGGCGACGAUCCAGACAAUGAAGAUGGAGGGCUGUUCGGCUUUCAUCGCAGGGAUUUUGACGUGGACGAAUUUGAUGAUGAUGAAAGAAACAACGGCCAUUGGAAAACGCACGUGCUUGGUGCUUAUCCGUUCACACCCGGUUUGGUUGACGUAGACAGCUAUAAUGACACAGACGAACGACGUAUUGUUCAAGUGCUGAUCCAAAACAACUUCACAAGAACUGAUCAGCUGGAGGCUUGUAAGCUGCCGGGGUGGUCGCAGUUUAUGUUCCUAUAUCGUAUUGCCAAGAUUGUUUUGCAAGUCUAUAUAAAUCGCAAAAAGGAUGUUACCCAGCCAAUCAUGGAUAGCAUCAACAGAGCUUGUACUGAUGCCCUCAAGACGGUGAACCGAAACUUUGGGAAUCUCAAUGGAAUUAAAUACAAGAAAAUGAAGUUUCUAAUCACUCAACGACAGCGACGAAUUCAUCUCUUCAAACUGGAUAUGAAGAAUUAUCUAAAGCAUUUCCAAGGUGUCAAGCUUCGAGGCGAUGCUCGUUUGAAUAUAGGGAGCAAUGGCAAGGUCAUCCGGGUGAUGUACCAUCACCGCCUGGAUAAGUAAAAAGAUCUUGUGGAGUGUUCAAGUCGAUCCCGAGCCACAGCAGCCAGUGACGCACGCCGUUGCCUUAGACCCCGGCGUCCGAACACCACACGCCUGGUAUAGCCCGACGUUGGGGGCAGGAUUGCUUGCACCAAACGCAGUGAAGCGAUUCUACCGAUUGGCUGCGGAGCUCGAUGAUCUCAUUUCGAAGCGUGAUCGCGCAUAUAAUCUAAAAAGCAAAGCAGGCGAAAGGCACGGUCAAGCUAUCAACCAAGCAGUACAUCGGACGUUUCAACGCAUACGCCAACUGCGAGACGAGUAUCACAACCAAGCGAUUUAUUGGUUGCUCACCAAUUUUGAUGUUGUGAUAAUUCCCCCCUUCCAUGUGUCAAAUAUGGUACGC